AUGAAUAUUUUGGGGCCCGCGCUGCCGCACCUGGUGCCGGGCAUCCGCAUCCGCAACCUCACCAAGGUGUUCCCCGGCGGCCGCCUCGUCGUGGACCGCCUCUCGCUCACCUUCUACGAGGGCCACAUCACCGCCUUCCUCGGCCACAACGGCGCCGGCAAGACCACCGUCAUUUCGAUGCUGACCGGCCUGCUCUCUCCGACGUCGGGGACGGCCUUCAUCCGCGGCCUGGACAUCCGCCACCACAUGCCCGACAUCCGCCGCAGCCUGGGCGUCUGCCCGCAGCACAACGUCCUCUACGACAAAUACCGAGAAAGACUUUCUCAAAGGAAAUAA